AUGUUAUCGCAGGAGGGGUCAGCAGCAUCGGCGGCGAACAAAGGCGGCGGGGGCGGCGGCGGCGGGGCCAACCCGCUGGCGGCCGCCUCGGCCUACGUGGAGGUGGACUUCUCGGCGAGCGAUCUGCCGCAGCGGCCGGACUUCGUGCAGAACGACGGCGGCGGCGUCGGGGGCGGCGCCGGCGGCGGCGGCGGGCUGCUGGGGGCGGCGCACGGCGGCCGCGACCGGAAGGCGCACCGAGACAUGCCCCCGGGCCUCCAGGACAUCCUCAUAGGUAUCCCGCUGAAGGACGAGAACAACCACGAGCCGACGGUGCAGGCGCGCCAGCACCGCUCGGGGCAGGCGGCGGCGGCCGCGGCGGCGGGCGGCCUGGGCUCGGGGGUCGGCGCCCGCCACCGCGGGCCCGCGCUCCACAUGACGCCCCUGGAGAUCGGCAUGUACGUGCUGCUCGCCGCCUUCUGCUUCGCCAUCGUCGUCUUCGUCGUCUCCUGCGUCGUCUACGCCUCCAAGGUGCGUCCCCCACCGCCGCAGACGUUCAAGCCGCAGGUGGCGCUGGAGUCGCCGGCGGCGCUGGCGUCGGGCGGGCCGGCGACCUGGCGUCGGCCGCCACUCGGGCGCGCUGCAUGGGCGGCCGGGUCGCGCGCCGCCCCGCCGCCGCCGCGCCGCGCUCCCGCCGCCCCGCGCGCCGCCCGGCGGGCGGCUCGGGCCCCCGCGGCACGCGCGCGCGCGGUCCACCACCGCCCACCGACUGGCGUUGUGGCUGGGCCCGCGCCACGUUUGGAGCGCGCCUCGGGCCACGGCCACAGCCACGGCCACGGCCAGCAGCCCGGCCCGGCCGCCGCCGGCGCCGCGCACCUCCAUCACCACCACCACCACCACAACAACAACAAUAACAACAAUAACAACAACAAGGAGAUGCGCAUCACUGCCAACCCCAUGCUGGGCUACGGCGGCGAGGGCGGGCUGCUGUCGGAGGCCGAGGCAGCGGCGCUGGGCAACUGCUUCGACAACCCCACGCACAUCGAGCUGCCGGCCGCGCUGCCGGCGCCGCCGCGCGCCGCGCUCGCGCCUCGCGCCCUGCGCGCCGCCCAUCGACAACGGCCACCUACUGCAAGCAAGGACAAGGCGGCGCCCACCACGCCGCCGCCCGGUGCCCAACGCACAAGGGCCGCGGGGCUGUCCGCCCGCGGCGCGCCGCCGCGCUGCAGCCGCGCGGACGCCGACCGCGUCGCCGCGGCAGCAGCCGCCGCCGCGGGCGCGGGCCAAACGAUU